CCCUCUAUCAUGCCCCCCACCACCAGGGUUUGCCCAUCUAUCCUGCCCCCCACCACCAGGCUUUGCCCUUCUAUCCUGCCAGCCACCACCAGGCUUUGCCCUUGCAUCCUGCACCCUACCACCAGUCUUUGCCCCGGCAUCAUGCCCACUCCCAGCAGGCUUUUCCCCGGCAUCAUGUCCCCCACCACCAGGCUUUGCCCCUCUAUCAUGCCCCCCACCACUAGGCUUUGCCUCUCUAUCAUGCCCCCCACCACCAUUCUUUGCCCCUCUAUCAUGCCCCCCACCACCAGGCUUUGCCCUUCUAUCCUUCCCCCCACCACCAGGCUUUGCCCCUCUAUCCUGCCCCCCACCACCAGGAUUUUCCCAGGCAUCAUGCCCCCCAACACCAGGCCUUGCCCCUCUAUCAUGCCCCCCACCACCAGGGUUUGCCCAUCUAUCCUGCCCCGCACCACCAGGCUUUGCCCAGGCAUCCUGCCAGCCACCACCCGGCGUUGCCCUUGCAUCCUGCCCCCCACCACCAGGCUUUGCCCCGGCAAAGUGCCCCCCACCACCAGGCUUUGCCCAGGCAUUGCUCCCCCCACCACCAGGCUUUGCCCAGGCAUCCUGCCCCCCACAAUCAGGCUUUAUCCCGGCGUCAUGCCCCCCACCACCAGGCUUUCCCCCAGCAUCUUGCCCCCCACCACUCACUAUCGCAGAUCAUAUCUGCACUCUAAUUCAGAGCAUCACUGCCAGAUCCAACAACAUCGUCAACAAGGAGCUGGAGAAGUGUAUCAACUCUUAUAGUAAGAGCAUCUGGGCUGACACUUUCUACUGCGAGUACAUGAAGAUGUACCCAUCACCCCAGGGGAUUGAAGCCUUCUCAUUUGAUGAGGAGAGAUUUUUAGUGGUGGCCGACAUAAUCGGCAGAAUAUUGCUGAACAACCUCCAGUUAGAGAUGCUCCUCUCAGUGGAAGACUUUAAUGUGGAUGAAGUAGGGAGCAGUGGGUCUGUGGACAUGAUCCGGGCAAUCCCAGAGACCCCUAACCCUGAUAAAGUGGUAGACAUCACAACACCCCUGACCAACCUUGAGGUUUUGGAUGAAACACUUGUCCUUCAGUCAGGCUUUACCACGGCACACUGCACCCCACCACCAGGCUUUUCCCCAGCACCCUGCAUUCCACCCCCAGGCUUUGCCCUGGCAACCUGCACCUCGUCGCCAAGCUUGGCCGCUAAUGCCAUGCAGGGCUUUGGCACCAAAGUCAUCCUGAAACAAAUGGUCCUGCUAUUCUUGGAGAGGCUCCCUCCUGCGUCAGAGGACCUUGAGUCAGAGUUCCUGACUAUCACUGAUCGUAUCUGCAUGCUGUUUCAAAGCAUCACUGCCAGAUUCCACAACAUUGUUAAUGAGGAGCUGGAGAAGUGUACCGACUCUGACAGUAAGCAGUACUGGGCUUACACCUUCUACUGGGAGUACAUGAAGAGGUACCCAUCAUCCCAGUGCCUGGGGAUUGAAGCCUUCACAUGUGAUGAGGAGAGAUGUUUAGUGGUGGCCAAAAUGUUUGCAAAAAAGAUGUGCCCCAAGAUGCUCCCCUCAGCAGCAGACUUCGACAAGGCUGAAGAUUCAGGCAGCAAUGGAUCUGUGGACUUGAACCUGGCAAUCCUAGAGACCGCUAACCCUGUCAAAGUGGUAGACAUCACAACACCCCUGACCACUAAUCCAGUCAACCUUGAGGUUUUGGAUGAAACACUUGUCCUUCAGUCAGGCGUUGCCACGGCACACUGCACCCCACCACCAGGCUUUACCCCGGCACACUGCACCCCACCAACAGAAUUUUCCCUAGCACCCUGCAUUCCACCCCCAGGCUUUGCCCUGGCAACCUGCACCUCGUCGCCAAGCAUUGCCGCUAAUGCCAUGCAGGGUUUUGGCACGAUAGUCAUCCUGAAACAAAUGGUCCUGUUUUUCUUGGAGAGGCUCCCUCCUGCAUCAGAGGACCUUGAGUCAGAGUUCCUGACUAUCACUGAUCGUAUCUGCACGCUGUUUCAAAGCAUCACUGACAGAUUCCGCAACAUCGUUAAUGAGGAGCUGGAGAAGUGUACCGACUCUGACAGUAAGAAGUACUGGGCUUACACCUUCUACUGGGAGUACAUGAAGAGGUACCCAUCAUCCCAGUGCCUGGGGAUUGAAGCCUUCACAUGUGAUGAGGAGAGAUGUUUAGUGGUGGCCAAAAUGUUUGCAAAGAAGAUGUGCCCCAAGAUGCUCCCCUCAGCAGCAGACUUCGACAUGGCUGAAGAUUCAGGCAGCAAGGGAUCUGUGGACUUGAACCUGGCAAUCCUAGAGACCCCUAACCCUGUCAAAGUGGUAGACAUCACAACACCCCUGACCACUAAUCCAGUCAACCUUGAGGUUUUGGAUGAAACACUUGUCCUUCAGUCAGGCUUUGCCCUGACAUCCUGCACAGCAUUGCCAAGCUUCGCCACUAAUGCCAAGCCAGGCUUUGGCACGAAAAUCAUCCUGAAACCAAUGGUCCUGCUAUUCUUGGAGAAGCACCCUCCUGCAUCAGACGACCUUGAGUCAGAGUUACUCACUAUCGACGAUCGUAUCUGCACGCUGUUUCAAAGCAUCACUGCCAGAUUCCGCAACAUCGUUAAUGAGGAGCUGGAGAAGUGUACCGACUCUGACAGUAAGAAGUACUGGGCUUACACCUUCUACUGGGAGUACAUGAAGAGGUACCCAUCAUCCCAGUGCCUGGGGAUUGAAGCCUUCACAUGUGAUGAGGAGAGAUGUUUAGUGGUGGCAAACUUGUUUGCAAAGAAAUUGUACCCCAAGAUGUUCCUCUCAGCAGCAGACGUCAACGAGGCUGAAGAUUCAGGGAGCAAUAGAGUAAGCGAUGGUUUUAAGUGUUUAUCUUAUUAA